GGCCUCUCCCCGUCCCUGGCUGGAUCCACCCUCCCCCCAUUGCGUGUUUCGUGACGCCACUACCUGUAUUUAUCGACCUCCGUUCCCAUCGGGAGUCUUCCGUUCCGUCGAUUCCGUCAAGAGCUCCCCGAUCCCGCCGUGUUCCCUCCGCUCCCCCCUCUCCGGAGAGAUCAGCCCACUUUUCCCCUCGCGCGAUGGCCCAGACUGUUGUACUCAGGGUUGGCAUGUCCUGUGAAGGCUGUGUUGGAGCUGUUAAGCGGGUUCUAGGCAAAAUGGAAGGUGUUGAGUCUUACGAAGUAGACAUCAAGGAGCAGAAGGUCACAGUGAAGGGUAACGUAACACCGGAUGCAGUUCUGCAGACUGUUUCGAAAACUGGCAAAAAGACUUCGUUCUGGGAGACUGAACCUGCGGCGCCAGCUGAUGCUACUGCUUGACAAGUUGGAUGUAACAAAUUCCAGUGUUAUUGUCCGGUAAAGCUAAAAAUGGGUUUGGUCUGAUGGCAUUUAGUAUGUUACAAAUAAUGCCAAACAGCUACUGCAAUUUGUACAUUCUGUAUGCUCGCUAUGAUGUACUCCGUAAUGGUUUGGCCGGUUCGGUAAGAUAAUUGAUAAUUGCUUGUAUGA